AGGUUGUGAAAUGAAAGUAAGUGACAAGUGGUGAAAUAAUCUGUGCUUCUUGGCACUAAAGAAACUGUUAAGCCAUUGAGCUUUGUGUUGUGAAGUAACUUUAUUUUGUAUUGCUUUUUUAAAAAUAUAAGUUUGUUUAAUAAAAAUGACUUGUCGCAAUGCCUCUCACGCUGGUAGCUGGUAUACGGAAAAUGGUUCUGAACUAUCAAGACAGCUGGACCUGUGGCUGUCGAAGGCUGACCUCACUCAUGGACCAGCUAGGGCAAUAAUUGCGCCUCACGCCGGCUACUCCUACUGCGGCGCGUGCGCAGCUUUCGCCUAUAGACAAAUAAGUCCAGUUGUCGUUAAACGUAUUUUCAUCCUCGGCCCCUCCCACCACGUCCGGCUGGGGGGUUGCGCCCUGUCUUACAUGAAUAAAUACCAGACACCCCUCUACGACCUUACUAUUGACAAACAAAUUUACGCAGAGCUGGAAGCGACGAGACAAUUCGAGUGGAUGGACGCACAGACGGACGAAGACGAGCAUUCGAUCGAAAUGCACCUUCCUUAUAUAGCCAAAGUUAUGGAAGAAUAUAAAGAUGGAUUCACGAUCAUACCGAUUCUAGUUGGAUCGCUAACACCGAAGAAGGAAGCAAUGUAUGGAUCGAUCCUGGCUCCGUAUCUGGCGGACCCUCAGAACUUGAUUGUUAUAUCGUCCGACUUCUGUCACUGGGGUCCAAGGUUCAGAUACACGUGGCGUGAUCCCUCCAGGGGGCAGAUUCACCAGAGCAUCGAAUGGCUGGAUAGACAGGGUAUGGAUAUCAUAGAGAAAAUGGAUCCCCACGCCUUUACAGAUUAUCUAGUUAAAUAUGGCAACACUAUCUGCGGUAGACAUCCUAUUGGAAUUCUUUUACAGGCGAUAGCAAAACUACAGAACCAAUCCAACCCAUCGAUGUCACUAAAGUUCUUGAAGUACGCCCAGUCUUCCCAAUGUAUGAACAUGCAGGAUUCCUCGGUGUCGUACGCGAGCGCUUCGCUGGUAUUCGAGUAAAUGUACCGUUUUUUUUUAAAUUACUGACGGAUCGAUUUUAAUUUUACGUCCUAAAAGCUGUAUAUCCACAAAAGUUUGGUUUAAGUUUUUGUAAGUAACUUUGGUUGUAAACAAUCAAUUGUUUUGUUAUUUUUGUUUCUGAAGUUAAACAGUUGCAAACACUGAAAUAUCAGAGGAAAUGUAGCAAGUGUGUAGUAAUUGGGUUAGGUUUUUUUUGUGCAAUUUCAAUCAAGCAACAGAUUUUUGUUUUCCUUUUUUGUAAUUGAGGUGUAUUUGAUUUUUCUGGUAAUACAUAGAUAUGAGUAAUUGUUUUGCCAUAUGUAUAAAUUAAAAUAUAACGGAAGUAUCAGACAUUUGAUAAAAAAGCAAAAAUCAUUAUUUUUAAAAAGUUGCCGCAUUACAUAUAAAUAUAAUUUAGAGAGUGAUGAGAUAAACAAAGCCGUGUUUUUUUCUUUCGAAUGUCAAAUCAAUAAUGACAGAAAGAGAUGUCAUUGCUUAACAAGACACUCGCUAAAGGCAUUAUUUAUAAAAAAUAAUAAAGGCAGAUAAAUGAGCAAACUAGGAAAUUCCAUAGAAAACCAUAAUAAUUAUAAAAAUAUCUUAAGACUAAUGGCCAGAAAAUAUUAAGAAAUAUCCCAUCAAAAUAUCUCUUGCACCGGGAUUAUCUAAAUUGACUUCAUUUAAUCAAAUAAAAAAGUCCAUUUUUGAUACCCUUUAUGGCUCCCCCGGCUAACCUUACACUCAUGAUAUACGUCUAUCACCGUUUUGAGUAUAAAUUGUUGUCAUUAUUGUAUGUAGCGUCUAUAUAAUGCUUUUGAUUCUGUUUCAUACAAGUACGCUUCGAGUCACAAAGGUUGGUGACCCAGAAGAGGUAGACUACCAUUAUAUGUACCAUUUCUUCUGUCUGACCUUUGUGUAGUGAGAAAGGUUAUGCUAUUUUUUAUUAUCUGAUUACUCACAUGUAGGCAAUGUAGGUUACGUACAUAGGACACAAAACUGACAUUGCCUGUUGUGACAUGAAUAUAUCAGGUAUGUUGUUUUGUCUAAAAAACGAAUGUAAUCGUUUUAUUACUGAAUUAAAUUCAUUUUUAAAGAUGUAUCUCAGAAUCUAUAUCAUAUUUGAUGAUCCGGUUGGCGUUGUUGGUAGAUACUUGUGACAUUUGUUUGUAUAAAAAUGUCUGUUUGUCCUGAGUCUGGGUGUAAUAGGCAUGAUGACAGUAUUAAAGAAUUAAAAAAUAAACGACUUUAGAGAAGAAACUUAUUUUAAAAUGAUUCUAAAAAAUGAUCCCAUUUUUUAGAAUCAUUUUAAUCCCAUUCACAUUGAGAUCAAUAAGAUUUUUAAUAAAAUAAAAGUAUAAAAUUCUGCAAUCGGCCAUUUUAUUUGAAAUACCAGAGUGAAUGACGUCACGCCUCUGUAUCUAUCACCGUUUCUCUUGAACAGUUGUUGUGUUUACGCGUUUCAAAAUUAAUUUUGCAUAAUUUAAUUAGUUGAGUCGUUGUGUUCAUUCGUGUUUUUGUGAAGAAAAUAAAGCAUCCAAGAUCUAUCAAUGAUGGAACAAGGUUUUGUUAAUGCAAAUUCCUCUAAGUUUCCCAGGAUUUGUUGAUCUUAGGAGAUUUUCUUUCAUCAAAUAAAGACUUUUGCUCAUCUUCAUCCUUGUAAGUACAUUUUUAUUUAUCUUUGUUGUUAUCAUAGCUUUUUUUUCUGUUAGUAAUAUAGUAUUACUCGUUUAUGAAGAGCCCUCAUAUUGUAACCAGUAAGAACUUUUACUUUUAAGCAAUUUCUUUAAAAUGUUCUGUAACCAUACUUUCUUUUAAUUGCUUUUCACGUUCUUCAAGAACCGUCAUCUUUCGUUGCUUACUUAUAUAUGGUCGUUCUGCUUCUGUAGAUUGUUCUUCUAUCUGGUUGCUAUUCAAAUGUAUUUUUAAGAGGGACCGCACACCACUUGCAAACUUUGGAAUUCAUUUUUAACCUUAAAAAUACACAAUACUCUCUGCCUUUCUUCGUUAAGUAUAGACACGGUACAACAUUUACUGUCGUUUACUGAGGCGUGACGUCACCUGCAUGCGCCAUGACACCUGCGGGUGUUUUCGAGCGAAAAUUGAAAUAGGUAAAUGAAAAUGCAAUUAUUUGCGUAAACAGUUAGUUUAUUACUGAAAUAAAAUUAUUUUCAGUAAUAGUAGACGUUUACCUACAUUAUAGAAGGUUAUUUCAAGAUCAGUCAUCAUGCCUAUUAUCUAUACAAGUAUGUAUUUACAAAAGAAAAGUAGUAUAUGUAGUAUAUCAGUUGUCUGGUUUCCACAGUACGAGCUCUGCUUAGUUUGGGCCUUCAGAUGGCCUUGUGUGCAUAAUGUCCCAGGAUAUUAUUAUUAUUAUCACCCAAUAUUAAACUUUGAAAUACAUUUUCUAACAAAAUGUACAAUACAUAAAAGUUAUAUGUUUAUUUAUAUAAUAUUUAUAGUUAAUUUUAAUAAAAUUAUAAUUAGUCAUCCAUAAAUAUUAUUUAGCGGAUGAUUAGUUGAACGAUAGUGUGUCUUCUUCAUUCGAAUGUCAAAUCAAUAAUGACAGAGGGAGAUAUCAGUUUAACUAAGCACUCGCUACACAAUGUUUUUAAGUAUAUAUGCGUUUAAAAACAUUAUGCGAUAAUUAAAACUAUAUUUGUGUUCUAUUUUUUUUUUUUAUUAAAAGUAGAUAUUAAUUUUAAUAAAGAUUUGGCAUCUAUUAAAAUUAAAAUUUAGUGUUGGUAAAUGUAUGACAAUAUUUUUUUUUAAUAUUGUCAUAACAUCUAUAUCAGUAAAUAGAUGGGUUAACAAAAUAUUACUUAUUUUUAUAAAUAUAUAUUAUCUGUGCAAUAUCUUUAUAAUAUUCUUUUUUUACUUUUUUUUAUCUGUUAAUAAUUGCUAACGUUAUAAAGCAAAUUUGUUUUGUGAAAUAAAAAAAAAAUCAUAAACCGACUGACUCAAAAUACACUUUUUUCUACUUAUAUAAAAUACGAAGCUAAAUAAUUAAGAUAAUUCGUAAGAAAUUUAAUAAUAUAAGUACAUAAAUAUCAGGUUUAAACAUUGUAAUAAUUUUUUUUGUUAAAACAAUAUUAUUAAAAUUGUAGUCUUUUUCUAAGAGGUAGAAAAUUUUCCCGCCUUUUAAUCUGUCAGUGUUUUUUUUUUUAUUAAGUGAAACGUUCAAGAACUAAAUCGCUUCUGACAAAAUUAUUUUACUUCCAUCGCAUGUACUUAGUUGCUAUAAUUUUAAACCGCUUUUCAUCAAUGUUUAAAUAUUUGCACUUAAUAAAAUAUACCUCUGAGGUACAUAUAUGCUUUUAAUUUAAGAAUAGAUUAUUAUUUAUACUUACAUAUUUCAAAUGUUAAACUUAUAUUAGUUGAAAUUAACAUUUCGGUCUAGUUUUAAUAUUAGUUCUUAAGUUCUUUAAAAGGUUGUCAAAUAUAUUAAUUAUAAUGAUAUAUUUAAUAUUAAUGAAUUAAUUAAUCCGACUAUAAAAUCAAUAUUAAGUAUAGAUGCUCAAAAAAUGUUUUCCGACAUGGCGGCCGCCGCCAUCUUGAAUCUUUGGUGACGUUAUUAUACUAUUUGUCAAAUGCAAUCGCAGUAGUUAUUUUAUUGGAUUAUGUCUUGUCUGUUACAAUUAAAAAGGAGAAAGAUAAACAAGUCUCAGAUUUACAUAUUUCAUGCGAUUUGCUAAUAAAUCUUCUAUAUUACGCACUACAAACAGUUCUCGAUUAUUAUAUAUUUAUUUAUAAUACAACACUUACAAUUAACUACUUUCAUGUCACUUUAAUUUUACUUCAAAAGUUUCGACAACUGCACCGAUUCAAAACGCCAUUCAAGAAUCAAUAACAAACCACAUAUAAUUAAAUCUCGACCAAUGUCAUGUCAAUUGUCAAUUUUUUUAUUUGUCUUUUCACUUCCUGCCAUUGAAAUAAGACUUUUAUUAAACUUCGAAGACAAUUUGCUUCAACUUUCAAUACUAUCAUGAUUGCGAUUGUUCUAUAUAAUUUUUUAAUUUACAAUAAUACGUAUUUUGUAGCGUAGUCGGAUAGUAAUCUCGUAUUGGAACAAAACUAAUAAUAGUAUUCCGGCUUUCGAUAGUGUUCAAAUAAAUUGAUCGUUACCAGAUAUAAAGCGAUGGCCACACAUGCGAGAUUUUAAAAUUUUUGUUAAACACAAAGUUUGGCAGUAGACGCGAUGAGUGGGUGGACUCUACUCAGGCGCGCUUGCGCAAAGGCCCUAACACUAAAAGUCAUUGGAAUCAAUUAUAAAACAAUUUGACAUUAUUCUAUCUAUUAUCUCUUUCACACCCGUUGUGUUGAUAAGGAUAGCUAGUUUUAUAAAUAUCAAUAACAAUUUCAGCACUAUCGUUUGUUGUUUAUGUGAAUUCGAAAUUCGGUCUCAAUUAGCAUUUAAAAAAAUUUCUAAAUAAAUAUUUAAGUUGCUA